AUGUCCCUCCGGGCGGCAUUGGCGGACGUGGACAUGGAAUGCGUCGUGACGGGGCCGGAGGAGAUAUGGCGGCGCCGGCCCAAGACCAAGAUCGUCUGCACCCUAGGUCCGGCCUCGCGCUCCGUCGAGAUGUGCGCGCGUCUGCUGCGCGCCGGCAUGUGCGUCGCACGCUUCAACUUCUCGCACGGCUCCCACGAAUACCACCAGGAGACCCUGGACAAUCUACGAAAGGCCAUGGACCUCAUCGGCCUCAUCUGCGCCGUCAUGCUCGACACUAAGGGACUAGAGAUCCGCACAGGUUUUUUGAAAGAUGGCAAGCCUGUAAAGCUGACACGGGGGCACGAAAUAACCAUCACCACUGAUUAUUCCAUUAAGGGUGAUGAGAAUAUGAUUUCCAUGAGCUACAACAAGAUUGCUGUAGACCUGAAGCCUGGGAGCACAAUACUAUGCGCUGAUGGCACCAUCACAUUCACUGUGCUUUCCUGUGAUCCUGUGCAAGGCCUGGUUCGUUGCCGUUGUGAGAACUCAGCUCUGCUGGGGGAGAGAAAGAAUGUCAAUCUUCCUGGGGUGAUCGUGGAUCUCCCAACCUUAACAGAAAAGGACAAAGUGGAUAUCCUUCAGUGGGGUGUCCCAAACAACAUUGACAUGAUUGCGCUAUCCUUCGUACGCAAAGGAUCAGAUCUUCAGAUGGUCAGAGGUGUGCUCGGUGAGCAUGCCAAGUCAAUACUACUUAUGUCCAAGGUUGAGAAUCAAGAAGGUGUUGCCAAUUUUGAUGAGAUACUUUCAAACUCAGAUGCUUUCAUGGUUGCCAGAGGGGAUUUGGGAAUGGAGAUACCCAUCGAGAAGAUAUUCUAUGCUCAGAAGGUGAUGAUCUUCAAAUGUAAUGUGCAAGGAAAGCCUGUUGUUACUGCAACCCAGAUGCUGGAGUCAAUGAUUAAAUCUCCCCGCCCUACAAGAGCAGAAGCAACUGAUGUUGCCAAUGCUGUCCUGGAUGGCACUGACUGUGUGAUGCUUAGCGGUGAGACUGCAGCUGGGGCAUAUCCAGAGCUAGCGGUGCAAACAAUGUCAAGGAUUUGCCUACAAGCAGAGUCACAUACAGAUUAUGGAGCAGUUUUCAAGUUAAUCAGUAGUGCUGCCCCAAUCCCUAUGAGUCCACUGGAGAGCUUGGCGUCAUCAGCAGUUCGAACCGCCAACAUCUCUAAUGCAUCACUCAUCUUGGUCCUCACAAGGGGAGGCACAACCGCAAGGCUCGUGGCAAAGUACAGGCCAGCAAUUCCAGUGAUAACUGCUGUGGUCCCAGAAAUGAAGACGGAUGAUAAUUUUAACUGGACUUGCAGGGAUGAGCGCCCUGCCAGGCACAGCAUGAUUGUGAGGGGCCUGAUCCCGAUGCUCAGCGCCGCUACAGCGAAGGCAUCUGAUACUGAGUCGACUGAGGAAGCCAUUAGCUUUGCCAUAGAUCAUGCGAAGAAGCUCAAGAUCUGCAAGUCAGGGGAUUCAGUCGUCGCCUUGCAUCGUAUUGGUGCAUCAUCUGUCAUGAAGAUCUUGACAGUCAAUUAG